CGUAUUUCCACUUUAACCGAAGUGCGUGCUGCGUGUGUUUUUCGAGAGCCGCGUCAAUAAUUCCCCAUCGGCACAAGAAAUAGAGGUUUUCCCCUUGUGUCUAGUGCUAGUGCAAGUAUAUUUUGUAAAACGAAAGCAAGCAACAAAACAUAGAAACACACCCGGAUCGUGCGUGUAUGCGGCGCCGGAAGCGAUUCUCACACAUUCACCAAGGCGAUCCAAACCAAGGAACGCCCAACGGCGGACGGUCGGACCAGCGUUAUCUGCAUUCCAGAAGAAGAGUGCGUGUGCAACAAGUGGCCGGAAAAAGGUUACACACGUCUAGUUUGUCCGCAAAAAUUGCUAACUGCGCCCGUUUGAAUUGUGGGUCCGAGCGUUCGUCCGGGGGUAAUUUACUUCCGUAGUACAUUUCGGCGUUUUUUUUUUUUUUGGGAACCAAGCAGGCCGUGUGGAAAACGGGGAAAGAAAGUGUUGAGGUUUUUUUUUUUUUUGGAAGUCAUCUUUUCCAUCUCGGCCAAAGUGCGCGAAGCAGCAGUAGGAUAGGAGUCGUCUGACCGCGGGAGAGUGAAACGUGAAAAAGUGAAAUCAUCAUAUCUUGUGCGGGUGGUACGAGCUUUGUUUUUUCUUCUUCGCCGUCGUCGUUUUGGGGGGUUUUGUUUGACGCCAAAGAAGUACGUGGUGCGACGCAGUGCGGAAGGAAAAGACGUGGUGCGGUGGGAGCUGUGUAUAAUGUACAGCAACAGCACGGUAGAAGUCGCGGCAGCUUGGGUUGGCGGCUUGUGAUGAGCUGAUUUUCGAGAGCGAAUUCCGACGCUGGCGUGAAUAAAGAAGAAAGAAAAAAAAUCAACCAAAGAGCGGAUGAAAAGUGGCUCCCUCCAGAAGUGAAGUGAAGUGAACGAAAAAAAAAACGCCCAAGUGCAGUGGAAAAAAGCCGCCUAUUGUGAAAAACGAAAGAGCAGAGAAGCAUCCGCACACGCAAAAGGGAAAAAAGUCGAGCAAGAUUGCAAAGCGUGCCUGUGUACGAGAGGUGCGUGAGUGUGUGAGUGUGUGUGUGCGUGCGUGCAGCUGCAGUGGUAGUGGUGGUGGUUGGCAGUGGAGUGGCGUCGCGGUUUCUUCGUGUGUUGAAAUCAAAUCAAAAUGGGUUGUGCAGUGAGUAGAGAUAAGGAAGCCAUCGAGCGGUCGAAAAAUAUUGACCGUGCCCUACGUGCCGACGGUGAACGGGCGGCCAGUGAGGUGAAGCUGCUGCUUUUAGGAGCGGGCGAAUCGGGCAAAUCCACCAUCGUAAAACAGAUGAAAAUCAUACACGAAACUGGCUACUCACAGGAAGAAUGCGAACAGUACCGGCCGGUCGUGUACAGCAACACCAUACAGAGCCUGAUGGCGAUCAUCCGGGCGAUGGGCCAGCUGCGGAUCGAUUUUGCCGACCCGAGCAAAACGGACAUUGCCCGCCAGUUCUUCACGUACGCGUCCGCCACCGAGGAGGGUGAGCUGACGCCCGAGCUGGUGAUGCUGAUGAAGAAGCUGUGGACCGAUCCGGGCGUGCAGCAGUGCUUUUCGCGCUCGCGCGAGUACCAGCUAAACGAUUCCGCCGCGUACUAUCUGAACUCGCUCGAUCGGAUCUCGCAGCCGAACUACAUCCCGACGCAGCAGGAUGUGUUGCGGACGCGCGUCAAAACGACCGGCAUCGUGGAGACACACUUUAGCUUUAAGUCUAUACAUUUCAAAAUGUUCGAUGUCGGUGGUCAGCGGUCGGAGCGAAAGAAGUGGAUACACUGCUUCGAGGGUGUUACGGCCAUUAUAUUCUGUGUGGCACUGUCGGGGUACGAUCUGGUGCUUGCCGAGGACGAGGAAAUGAACCGCAUGAUCGAAUCGAUGAAGCUGUUCGAUUCGAUAUGCAACUCGAAGUGGUUCGUCGAAACGUCCAUCAUACUGUUCCUCAACAAGAAGGAUCUGUUCGAGGAGAAGAUCGUUCGAUCGCCGCUGACAAUCUGCUUUCCAGAGUAUACCGGUUCCAACACGUACGAGGAAGCGUCCAGCUACAUCCGGAUGAAGUUCGAAAACCUCAACAGACGAAAAGAUCAGAAGGAAAUCUACACCCACCUAACGUGCGCCACCGACACCAGCAACAUACAGUUCGUGUUCGAUGCCGUCUCGGAUGUGAUCAUCAAGAAUAAUCUUAAGGACUGUGGGUUGUUCUAAGAAGGUUCCAACACACCCGAGCGCGCACGGCAGCUACACCGCGAACGGAUGAAAUCGACGAACCCAAACCAGGACUUUUGGUGUGCGUUUUUACCUACUUAUCGUUUAGUGUGCGUGCUAUUAGUACGUUUAGUUUAGCCACCUGUCGCACCCGCCGGGUGUAACAGUGUUGUGCUAUAAUUGAUUCUUCUCCUCCAUUGACACAAUUUUGCGCUCCUGGUGCUGUGGAGAAAGGAAUAGCAAAACAAUUGACAACGUGUUCCAACGCAACGAUUGGUUCCAUCUGUCUGGUGGUUGAUUAAAUACAAGAGAGGCAAUGCUCUCCUCAGCAACGACGUAAUUUAAAACACUUUCAUCAUGCCAGCCAUCGGAAGCCGGGGCAAAUUUUGUUUUUCGACCUAUCGUUUCCUUCCCUUACUCAUCCCUAUUUUUCCCGAACCCUAAUGUAUUUAUGUGUUUAAGCUAGAAUGUGUUGCGCAGGUUGAUUUUUUUUUAUUCUGGAAAGAAUCAAUUGUAAGCCUGCCUUUUCCACAUCCAUUUUGUGUUUUUAGCUUUCUGCCCCAUCAAGGAAUAGGUUUAGUGUAGACAAAAAUUAGAUUUUAAAACGAAAAGGGCGGGAACGAGAGUUUGGAGGUGUAUCGUAUUGCUGGGCUUUUCUUGGUGUGUGUAUGUGCGCGCUUAACGUACGCUAGGCUUGGCGGCAAAAGGAGUGCAAAUCUGUGCUUUUCUAUUAGAAAACAGUAAGCAGAGAAGAACGGUGACAAUCUUAGCACUCACUCACACUAACCCUAGGCAACGAUUUAUCCGACAAUCCACACACAACAACAGUGGACGCUUCGUGUGGAUAAAAUGAAUAAAGAAGACGCCUGUACACUACGUUUAGUGUAGGGAAUUAAGCACAGCACAGCGCAUUAGAGCAGCUGAGCCCAAAAUCGAA